ACCAUGCACAGCUCCUGCGGUCUCCCGGCACUUCUGCUGCCGCCGCUGCUACUGCUGGUGGCUGCCACAGGCCCCGGCGGAGCCCUCAGCGACGAUGAGAAGCGUGCGCUGGUGGAGCUGCACAACCUCUACCGCUCCCAGGUGUCCCCGCCCGCCUCCGACAUGCUGCAGAUGAGAUGGGACGAGGAGCUGGCGGCCUUCGCCAAGGCCUACGCCCAGAAGUGCGUGUGGGGCCACAACAAGGAGCGCGGGCGGCGCGGCGAGAACCUGUUCGCCAUCACCGACGAGGUCGUGGACGUGCCUCUGGCCAUGGAGGAGUGGCACCACGAGCGCGAGCACUACAACCUCAGCGCCGCCACCUGCGCCCGGGACCAGAUGUGCGGCCACUACACGCAGGUGGUCUGGUCUAAGUCCGAGAGGAUUGGCUGCGGCUCCCACUUCUGUGAGAAGCUCCAGGGCGUCGAGGAGACCAACAUCCAACUACUGGUGUGCAACUACGAGCCUCCAGGCAACGUGAAGGGGAAAAGGCCCUACCAGGAGGGACCCCCGUGCUCCCAAUGUCCCUCCGGCUACCGCUGCGAGGACUCUCUCUGCGAACCCAUCAGAGGCCCGGAGAAGGCUCAGGAUGUGCCUGACUCGGUCACUGAGGCCGCAUCCAGCCCGGCAGCCGGAGCCUCGGGCGCUGGGAGAACGGGUACCCCUGCCCCGGCCGCGGAGGUCGCAGGCUCGCCGGCCACCGAGGCUCUGCCUGCUGCACACACCAAGGCCCCAUCUUCCUUAGCAACCACGACAACCCAGGCCGCGCCUACCAUAGCAACCAAGGUCCCUCACCUUCCAGCAACUCACAGCCUGCCCUCCUUGGAGGAGGGGCCGGUCACCUUCCCCGGCACGACCCAGGCUCCCAGCCCCCAGUCGAUGCACGCAGUGGCCAGCGAGACCACCACACCCUCCCUGAGCCCACAGAGCUCUCCGUACCCCAGCGUGUCCCUAACAGGGACAGACAAGCCUCUGCCCCAGGCCCAGGACAAGGCAGAGCCUGAGGCCCGUUCGCCUCCUUCCCGUGAGGUCUUGGCCUCAGUUUUUCCAGCCCAAGACAAGCCAGGUGAGCUGCAGGCCACACUGGACCACUCGGGGCACACCUCCUCCAAGUCCCUGUCCAGUGUCCCCAAUGCCUCUGCCAUCGCUAACGCCACCGGUGGGCGUACCCUGGCCCUGCAGGCAUCCUUGCCAGGUGCACAGGGCCCUGAGAAGCCGGGCAUGGAGUCGAGGAUGAGCUGGGGUCACGUGUGGGGCCCUCUCCAGCCACUGCUGCUGCUGCCUCUCCUGGUCUUGGCUAUGGUGUUCUGAAGGGGACACCACUCAGAGGCAAGGCCUGCUGGGAGGCCUCACGCCCACGCCGAUUGUCUUUCUCCAAGGCAGAGGCCACAGCUUCCUGGGCAGGUCCUGCUCUGUGGCUCUGGCUCAGCAGUCGCCCCUUGCCCCGCUGGCUUCCGGCCAGCUUCCAGGCCAGCACUCCCAUCCCUGAGGAGCUGCCCCCGGAGUGGUGCCCGUGCCCCCGGGGAGUCCGCUGUGGCCGGCUGCAGAUUGUGCUGCGCGGUGCUCCCGUGGACUCACGGGCCUGUGCGCUCUCCUGGAGCCAGAGCAUCCGGGACUUCCCUGGGGACCGGACCCUUGGUCUAUCCCAGUCUCCCUGGCCUCUUCCUCAAGCCAUCUGCGUCCAGGGCUGUCCCAGAAGUGCCUCCUGCCUCCCCCAGGACAAAGAGGCCAGCUGGCCUCCUGCCAUGUCCCCACACAAGAGGCUUCUUGGCCGAAGGCCCUCUGGGAGGGAAAGGCUACAAAAUGUGUGCCUCUUCCACGGUGUCCUGGAGGCGCCAGGCCUGGCCGCCCGGGGUGACCAUGGCCCAGCAGGCCCCUCCCAACUGCCGCGGGGGCUGGAGGGUGGCAGGGAUCUAGGAGCCCCCUGCUGCUAGGCCUGGGGCUGUCCCCGAGAGCCUGUGUAGCUGGGUGGGGGGUGAUAGGCAGAUAAAGGACAAGCCCCACGCAGGUGGGGUUCUAGGAAUGGUGGAGCUGGGGGCAAGGGAAGGGAGGAGCCCCUGGCUCCCGAAUGAAGCCUGAGAGUCCCUGGAGUCUCGAUGCCAUGCAGGCAGGGGCCGGCUCUGAAGAGGUCAGCCCUCCCCUACCAACCUGUGCCCACUCCUCCCCCAAAACGCUCCACACCCUCCUCCCCCAACACUUUCCCCCCACCCAGAUACCAGCAGGAUAGGGAGAGAGCCAAGGCAAGGCCAAGGGCGCUGGACUGACCCAGCUUCCAGGGCCACCAGUGGGGCUGGGCCAGGUUUGGGGCCCAGGGUCAAGGUCCCUGACCUCUGCACAAAGGUGACACUGCCCAGUCUGAGACCCCAGGUCAGAAACAGACCACAGGGCAGGGCUUGGAGGGUCCUGAGAAAGAGUCCUGGAGACCCAGACACUCGCCCGGGGAGCAGAGCCGGAUGGUACAGAAGAGCUGGGGGCCAGGAAGGAGUGUGAGUGUGAGUGUGUGUGUGUGUGUGUGGCGGUCAGCUACAGCGGGUGGCAUCUAUCUCCAGGUCCAAGCAGGAGGGGCAGCAGGGUCCAGGUCUCUUGACCUUUAGCCUAGGAGGUCACUUCCCUCUUCUUUCUUUGUGUAUUUCUUUGUUUUCCCUCCAGCUCCAUUAAAAAUAAUCCCAUAACAUUCACCCGUUUGGUGUCUGCAACUUCAUGUUUUGUAAUGUGUUCAUUGAUUCACAAUUUCAGAACAUUUUCAUCACCCCAAAAAGAAACCCUAUACCUGUUACAGCCACCCUCCCCAUCUCCCUUCAACCCCACCCCUGCCAAAAGCAACCACUAAUGUACUGGCUGUGUAUAUGGCUCUAUUCAUGUAAAGUCUUGAC